GGUUAAAAAAAAAAAGUAAAAACGAAAACGUACAGGCGCGCUUUAGAAAAAAUAUAAGAGACGAUGGCUGACUUAUUCGAAAGUCCUUUGCUAAUUCGGUCACCACAAGCCUGUGACAGACAGCGGAGCUUGAGCAUAAAUGAACCAGAAUCGGAUAUCGCAAAUGAAAGUGGAAACAUGGCUUAUGACAUUCCCAGACACCAUGAAGUAGUAGACGAAUACAGUCGUGAAUUGUACCGCAAGCAGCGAUGGCAGCUCAAUUACAAGGAGGCAGCUAUUUUCUUGCAGGAGGCUGAACAUAACGACAAGUACAACACACAUCCACGGGACCAUGAGGCUCUCCCAGCCUAUGAGGUGGCUCAUAACAGAUGGUUUCAUCUGCUUGAUUUUCUGGCCGCACUGUUGGUACUGGUGUUAGCAGUGUGCGAGAGGCCUGCAGUGUCCUACUUGAGUCUUCCUGUUGGAGUUCAUGGUUCACUGGAGCUGCUUGGUCUGUUGAUUCUGAGUCUGGAUCUGGGAAUUCGAGUGAAGUGGCUGGGCUGGAAGACCACCAUCACACACAGGCGGACACUGAUCAAGGCCUUAGCGUUACUGAUCAUGGUAAUCGAGGCUAUUGUGGUUCUAGUGAGACAGACCAACCAUUUCCGUGUCACACGUGCUGUACGGCCAAUUUUUGUCAUCCACUCACAUUACAGCAAAGGAAUCAGAAGAAUUACUCGGCAGUUAUUACAGUCCCUUCCACCCAUUCUUGACAUGAUAUUUCUGCUGCUGUUCUUCAUGUUGAUAUUUUCUAUACUAGGGUUUUAUCUAUUUUCUGAUAUUAAACGUGAUGGUGAAUAUUUUAACAAUAUACAGAACAGCUUUGUCAGCCUUUUUGUUUUGCUGACUACGGCAAAUUUUCCUGACGUGAUGAUGCCAGCAUACAGGACAUCUCGAUGGUAUUCCAUCUUUUUUGUCAUAUACCUCUCAUUAGAACUCUACUUUCUAAUGAAUUUGCUUUUAGCUGUUGUGUACGACACAUUUUCGAACCUGGAGAAAGCAAAAGUAAAAAAGUUGUUUUUCCACAAAAGAGAAGGCUGUCAGCAUGCAUUUCGACUUCUGACAACAAAGCAGAAUGUCACCAAAUUAAGUGUAAGACAUUUUGUAGGAAUGAUGAAAUUCUUCAAGCCAAAGAAAACUGUCAAAGAUUACUACCUCAUGUUCAAAACACUGAACACAAGCAAGACUGGUGGAUUGAGUCUUGAAGAGUUCUACAAAGUGUUCGAAGUGACUUCUUUAAACUGGAAGAUAAAAAAUGAUGAUUCAAUUUGGUCUUCCAAUUUCAGACACCCAUGCAAUGUUAUAUUCAGAGGAUUGAAUAAGUUUGUCAACUGGAAGUGGUUUGAUUACUUUAUUUAUUUAGUUAUUGCCUGCAACUUUGUGUGGAUUCUUGUUGAAACCAUCACUUUAUCAGCAAAGGAAAUUGAUGUUAAAUCAUACAAUUUCACUGCAAGCUGGAUUUCCAUAGUGUUUGUGUGUUUAUACUCUGUAGAAGCUGUUCUCAAAGUGCUGGGCAAGGGUCCAAAGGAAUACUUUACAUCAGGCUGGGACCUGUUUGACUUCCUGGUGACAGUAAUCAGCGUGAUUGGAGUUCUGCUGGAAAUCAUAGAUGAUACGUUCUAUUAUGUUAUUGCUCUCAGACCAUUUAGACUAUUGAGGUUAUUUAAAAUCAAGAGACGAUACAGAGAUGUUCUUGGCACACUGUUUGUCUUAUUUUCUCGGUUGACCAGCCUGGCAAUUGUAAUAUUGCUUUUGUACUACUUUUUUGCAAUAAUUGGAAUGGAGCUAUUUUGGAACGUUGACCUCCGGAACUGCUGCGUAAAUAGCAGUGUGGAAGAUUUUUACAAAGUAGACAACACUACUAAUUACUUUGAUGGCUAUUAUCUCAACAAUUUCAACAAUAUCCUUAUAUCUGCAGUGACACUGUUUGAGCUGACUGUAGUGAAUAACUGGUUUAUAAUUAUGGAAGGUUAUGCCAAGCAUGUAACUGAGUGGGCUAGAAUCUAUUUCAUGCUGUUCUACAUUACUAUGAUGGUGGUGAUGAAUAUUAUUGUUGCAUUUGUGUUGGAAGCUUUUUUGUUCCGUAUCCAGUAUGAAAGAAAGAUGAACCUUGAUAAUAUAGAAGAUCAUGGUGUGUAUAAAGAAGAAAUCUCUUUGACAGAGGAAGAGAGAGACAUGUGUGAGAGGAGAUAUGGGUUUCUGACUGGCAACUAUAUUGUGUCACAGGGUAAUCUGCCUGCUCCCUAUUUAUUCCGAGGAGAAAAAAUACGAAGUAAAGAGGACUACAGUCUGCUCAUGUACUCUGACGAGGUUCAGUCUUGGAUUGAUGAAGAAAACAAGAGAAGAUCUACAGUAAUAUCCACAAUGCAAGAAUUGCGUCAACGACCACGUCCAAAUUCAGAAAUUCUUAACAACAUGGAGGUCUGGGAAGAUUUGGAUUCCUCUUCCACAUCGUGAUUUGUCAGAGCUAUAACACCACAUUGUUACUGAAAGCUUCAUCUCUUUAUAUAACAUCUUUAAAAUGGGUAUGUUCUGGUCAAAUUACCCAUUAAACAAUCUAAUUCCAUUGUGCAAUCGGCCAAAAAUGUGACAUUUGCCAGAUCCUGUGAAAAAUUUAGUAACUGCAAUAGGACAGAAUUUAUUUGGCCCUGCAAUCAGCUUUUCUAGCCAUACAUGCUUUCAGUUAUGGCCAUGUGAGUUUCCCUGAACAUUUAAUAAAGUGGAGAUAAAGAGUAAUAAGACAUUGCAGAGCCCUCCGUGAUGCCUUUGUGUUACAUGUUCAAAUGCAUCUAUUGACUCCAAGAAAGGAAUGAAUGUUUAAUGACAGAGUCUUUGCUUUAUAUUCCAUGGUGGUACUUUUAGUUGGAACUUGAAGUUUAUAUUUAUAAAAUAAUUUUCAUUUGUCCGAUGCUUAUAAUAAAUGACAAUUGUUGGAAAUUAUAUCGCUAGGGAUAUAAAAUGACUGUUUCGUAUCAUGUUUACCAUCCUAUUGAUUAACCACUGAUGUUUUUAAACAACAUGGCCCUAUGAAGUUAAUUUAAAAGAAUGAAUAGACAACAUAUUUAUGUACUUAUGGCAUGAAGUUUCCCUUUGUCUUUCACUUGUAUUAACAUGCAUGAUUUACUCGAGUUUGGUACCGUAGUAUGUAUAGUAGGCUAUUGGUGUAUGAGAUCUUCCUCAUUUGGGGAUUGGGGUGGGUGCUGUGUAAUCAUAGGCACUGAUUUAUCAUACUGAUGUCUUUUACUAGCACAGACUUUUAUAUAUAUAUUUAAAGAACUUUAUAGUUUUAUUAAUGUUUUAGUGUUUAGACAUUUUAUACACAGUUUACUAGCGAGUUAAUAGUAUAUACACUGUAUACUGAUUUUCCCCACCCUCCCCAUCCUAUACAUCUAUCACUUGAAUAUUCUUCACACCCCAUAUAUUUUGCCAAUUGUUCAGCAGUUCUGUCCUGCCAUAAAAAAAAAAAAUGGGUCAAAUUGCAGUGUGUACUUUUUACUCAAUAUUCACAAAAAUUAUACCAUUCCACUGGCAUAGGAAGGGGAGGCUGCAAUGUUUUUAUAUAUAUAUAUACAUAUAUUUAUAUAUGUGUAUGCCCCCCCCCCCCCCCCCUUUUGGCACCUUCCUAUGACCAUGCAUUCACUUUACGAAUAAUAGUGAAUAAACUGUAAAAUACAAUGAUAAUUUUUUCGCAUUUUGAUGAUGCCAAAAUAAUAUCUGUUAAUUGUAUUUAUUGUAUAGUUUUUGUCCAUUCUAACUUUAAAAACAUCAUAUUAUAUAUGCAAAUGGAAAUGUAAACUGUUGGGGACAGGAACACAGGUAAAAAUGGUGUAUGUGGGGGAAAAGUUAAACCUUCGUCAGCGGAACACGAUUCUCUUUUAACAGUUUGUUAUGUCCACCUUCAAUUAAGAAACGUUUAGGAAGGGAAAAAGUAUCCACUUACGGCAGGUGACUGCCAAUUACAGGUGGCUGCCAGGAUAGGUUUGACUGUAUAUGAUUAAUAUAUCAAACACCAAUUUUCAAGUGAAGAUAACACAGUUAAGAGAAUCAUGUUUCUCUGAUGAAGGCAGCUGGAUGUAACUGUAAAUUAAAUAAUGAAAUAUUUAAAUAUUGAUAAAUAUGCUAAUGUUAUUUGUAUGUAAAGAAAAUUAUUGCAAUUCACAAGAGUUGAGAUGUUCAAUUAAUGUGAUGUCUGUAGUUGCUACGGAUUUGGUACUGUUAUAUUUUUAUUGCUACAUUACCAUAUGUGUUGCAGUUUCUAGCCAACAUUUUAACAGCAUCAAAUAAGACAAUACAGUUUUCAGUUUUUAAAAUUACUUGUCAUAUAUUGUAUUAUAUAACUCAGGGCAGAAUUUCUGGCUUUUAAUCAGUGAAAUAAUACUUUGUACUAUGGGAAUAACAAUUUUUUUAGCAUUAUUUUCAUUAAUGACCGAUUUCAGUGAUAUUUUCAGAUAUUUCUCUUAUUAAUAAUAAAUGUUGCAUUUUUUAAAAACAAAUCAUGCUGUGUUACAUGACAAUUUCAGGGUUGAAUAUUAUGUUACGGUUGACUAAGAAUUUAACUAAGAUAGUCCGUUGGGUGACCUUCGAUUUUAGGGUCUGGCGAGUAUGCAUGGUACCAGUUUUUAAAAAACACACUGAAACUGAAUCGAAUGUGACAACACACUGUGCUGGCGCAAACUACAUAAGUACACUUUUAUAUAUUGUAAUAUAAUAACACAGUACAACAUAUACUUUAGGAAAAUGUUUGUUUUGUUUCGGGGGUUUUCACAGCUUUAUUUUUCUUUCGACAUCCCUUCACAAUUAUUCAUUACGAAGUUGCAUGCCAAUUCGUCAGUUUCCUUUUGAUGUAAAUAGACUAUAUACCAGGGGUGGGGAAAAGCCCUUUUCUCCCGGUCUGGGACCGAUUCUCGAUCUCUGAGACCGAAACUAUUUUUUUAAAACGUGUGUUUGCCGGUCCCACUUUUGUCAUUCUUGUCGG